UGAGAGAGAGAGAGAGAGAGAGAGAGAGAGAGAGAGAGAGAGAGAGAGAGAGAGAGAGAGAGAGAGAGAGAGAGAGAGAGAGAGAGAGAGAGAGAGAGAGAGAGAGAGAGAGAGAGAGAGAGAGAGAGAGAGAGAGAGAGAGUGUGACAAGCACACAAAGAGAGAUAAUGAGAUAGGGAAAGAUAUAGUCAUUUAUUUACAUCCAUGGAAAUUCUACAUGCAACAGCUUUGUGAGGGACUUCAAAGGAUUUAACCAUAACCCACACUAAACAAUAGCAUCUAUCAGCUAUAAAUAUACCCAAAGGAUAAAAGAAAGAAGGCGCCGGCUAUGGAACUACGGCUCCUGGUGAUCGGAAGCAACGGCCCAGCUCAGUUCCAACUGACCAACGCCAUCCUGGGGAGGGAGGAGUUCUCCAAGGAGGUCACCGGCAUUCCCUCCAGCAUGAAGAACACGGGACAGCUGGCUGGGCGGCGGGUGGCCGUGACCAACGGUCCGAACAUCUACACCAAGGACAUCACCGAGGCCAAGAGGAAGAUGGAGCUGAAGAGGUCAAAGUGCUUGUGCGUGCCGGGCCCCCACGCCCUGCUCGUGGCCUUCGACCUGGAGCAGAUCUCCCUCAACGACAUCCAGACGCCCAAGCUGGUGACCAAGCGCUUCGGGGUGAACUGCCUGCGCCACUGCAUGGUGCUGCUGGCCUACGAGGGUCCCCUGGAGGGCGGCGCCCUGGACGACCGGGUGCUGCGCAGCGACUGGCACCUGAAGGAGCUGGUGCAGAAGUUCGGAGGGCGCUACCACGUGUUCAGCAAGAACUGGAGGGACGACCGGCGGGACGUGGAGUUCCUGCAGAAGGUGGAGUGGAUGGUGGCGUCGGGCGGGGGCGGCUUCUUCUCCAGCGGGACCUUCCAGCGGGCGGAGUCCAGCGUGAGGAAGGAGGAGACGCGGAUCAGGAGGCAGCGGGCGGCGGAGAUGGAGAGGGCCGGCGAGGAGCUGGAGCAGCGCUUCAGCGGGGAGGAGCUGCAGCGGCAGCGGCAGCUGUACGACUACGUGGUCGGGGCGGAGAUCCGGGCCGAGGCGGAGAUGGACAACGGCUGGCUCAGGACCUCCCUGGCCAGGGGGCUGGGCACCGGCCUGGCCGUGGGCGCCAUGAUGGGCGCGCUGGUCGGCGCCGUGGAGGGUCCCGGGGGCAUGGUCCUGUACGGGAUAAUAGGAGGCGCGGUGGGGGGCGCCGCCGGGGGGGCCGCCCAGGUUGCCAUUGACAACCUGGAGGACAGAGUGGCCCCCGCGGCCAGGCUCAACUUCAACUCCAUCUUCAUCAACCGGUUCUUCCCCUCGGCUCGGGGGUGACGCGGAGCAGCCGCCGUCGGUUAUGAUUUGUGAAUCGAACCACCAAAUGGAAAGGAAGGUUUAUAUCACCUGCUUUCAGUGCUUGAAUUGCUGUAGGAUUUUGUACCAACACAGCUAGCGAAACUGUAUAUGAAAACUAAGUCUGCCUUACUGUCUUUCAAGUACUUGAUGAGUGAUAAGUACAUGUUAAUAUGACCGUUGCAGAGUUACACAGCGCAAACUUCCUUUAGGUAUCAUUUGUUAAGCGAAAACAACAUACAAUCAACAACAAGGUAUACUCAAGCAUUGCAUACAAAUAACCAAACACUGCACUACGAACGCAAUAAAUAAAUGAUUAU